GGAAAAAAGUCAUGUUUUAGGAAAAUAAUGGGUCAAGAGCAGAGUAAUAUUUCUACAGAUGGAAGCUCUGUUAAAAAGAAAGAGAAAGCAAAGCUUGAAGAUAUUAUUGUUGUUUCUAAAGUUGAUCUGACUGAUGGUCAUAAUCGAAUUGAUGAUGACUUAAAUAACUUAAAAAAAAUAAAGUUCACAAAACCAGUAUUAAAUUUAGUUAACACUUUAGACUAUUCAAAAUUACCACAUAUUGUAUCUGGGCCUUUAACAGAAGUUGUAUUGCGUUAUCAAUUACAUUUAACAGAAUGUGCUGAGGCAGUGGCUUUUGAUCAGAAUUCAAUUUCUGUACUUAUAAAAGAAGUAGAGGUUAAAAUACUUGAACUUUAUAAAUCUACCUUAAAUCAGCAAAGAUAUAUGGAGAAAGCUAUUGAACAGAUAGAAAAUGUUAACGAAAUCACAAAAGUUCUUGCUAAAGUUGAAAUAAAUUUAACUAAUUCAAAGAAGCAAUUUAAAAUGUUAAAUAAUCUGUUACCUGUUGAAGAACAAAUAAUAGAUUCUGAGUUUUUAAAUUAACUUAUGUGCUUUAAUAUCAUUUGUAGCUAUUUCAAAUUUUUUUAUAACUUAAAUUGUUGUAAUGUUUAAGUUUAUUUUAAUUAAAUUAUUUUAAUUUAC